AUGAGCGUCGAUCAGAACGAGCUCAACGACGAGCACCCGCUUGUCCUCGAACUCUUCAGUCUCAGACAAACAUCAGCUCGAUUUCAGCAUGAAGCACACCAAGCUGCUCUCAGACUCCAGCGUCACACUCUAGCAGCAGCCCAAACAAACACCCGCUUAAAUUUCCUCGAAUCACAACAUUCCUUACUUACAUCUGAGCUAGCUACCCUUCGUGCUCACCCCUUACCCAACUCUCAAUCAGACACCCACGUCGUCCAAGAGCUCACUCUCGCCCUAAGACGCUCUUCCGAGAAACUCGACCUUACAGAACAUGCUCUAGCAGAAAAGACAGCGGAGCUCGUAAACACCCGCACAGAAGCCCAAAAAGCGCGCUACGAGGCAGAAGGCGCAUAUAAACUUGCCGCAAGUGCUCGUGCACGCGAAGAGGAAGGUAAAGUCCGCGAACGUAGCUUGGAAACGCGUCUCCAAGCUGCGGAGGAAGAACGCAGGCUCAUAGAACUCGUGGUGCAUGAGUACGCUGAUCUCGUGCGCAGUUUGGAUGGCAGGAAGAGCUCGCUUAGUAGUGGGGGUGCAGUACUGCAAAACACAUCUGCGUCUGCGUCUUCUCUCACCCUCGUCGAAGGGCUCCAUGAGGGCAAAUCGAACUUGCAUCGCCUUAUGACUGAAUUUGCCUUUGAGAACGAGAAACGCGAAACGAGCAUUACCCAGCUACGCAAUGAGAUCGCAAAUUUGGAGAACAUCCUUGAUGCUGAGCGUAAAACAGCCAUUCAUGAUAGUGUUCACCUCGCGAAAGCGCAGUCAGAACUAGAGACACUAAAGCUAGACGAUACCACAGCAGCCAAGAUGGUCUCCCGAUACAUGAAAUUCUCGCAGUCCCAAACUAAUGCCCUUCAAUCCACACUCACGACUCUCCAAAUACGACACGCAUCUACCCAACAUACCCUUCAAUCUACGAUAAACGAUACCGAAGCAAGGAUGCACGCUUACAUAGCUGAAAAUGCACGUCUUCGCGACGCAUUAGAAGAGCUCGGUGAAGAGGUCACCAGGGAAGCAUAUGGACGGCGAAGGGAAGUUGCACUGCGUCUUGCCCUUCUCGCGCGCGAAGAAGCGCUCGGCGAAGCCCUACGCAGAUGGGUUCGAAGAGCCGGAGAAGGUAUACACCGCUGCGGAGAUGCAGAUAGUCAGACGUAUGCUACUUUUGAGCGGGCAGUGAGGGAUGCAGAAAGUCUUCUGGUGACGCUGGAUGCGGAAGUAGCUUUGGGGGAUGGGAGUUCGGUUACUGGUGUAUUGGGGAGGUUGGUUCUUGCUAAGGACGCUGUGAUGAGGAUGACUGAAGAGGUUGGGGUGGAGGUUGAGAGAAGAGUUGCUGCUGAGCGGAGUAUUUCUUUGGGCAGGAGGUCUCUUGACAAGAUUGUCCAUGAACAGACCACUUCAGUCGAAGGAACUCCUAUUGAUAUUACAGAACAACCAGCCCAUACACAGGACACAAGCGCUGAUAUCCCACAUAUCCAGGAUCUAAUAUUCGCUUCUCCACAAUCACCUGCGCGUCCUCCAAGUCUCCUAGCAGAGGACAGCAGGGGUGCGUCCUCACCCGUCAUAGGCGACAUCACGCCUGGUACUUCACAGCCGCUUCUUGAUUUACCCACUGAAUCAAGACAGUCGCCUGCUAGCUCGAUCCUCAAUGUGACGCAGACCCCUGCUGGGAAAGAGGCAUAUACUUUGCCGCAGUCUGCCGAACUAGCCACGCCUUUGGCUUCAGCGGAUGAGCUGACUAUGGAGCCUGUUGAAACGGAUAUAAUUUCGGAUACUCAAGAAGCUAAAUUGCACGUUCAAACACCUGACACUAAAGGUAUACCUUUACCCGUCAUAGGCGACACCACGCCUGAAGUUCGAGUAGUCGACGCAGCUAAUGAACCCAACGACUUAACCACCAACAUCAUUCCCUCAUCACGACCCCCAUUCAUACCGGACGAAAUUUCAUCCUUACUAUCCUCCCUGAGCCAAGUCAAUCACCGCUACGACGCCCUCCAACACGCAUUCCGCGACUGCUCUCUCGCGCUCAAAGACCUCAAACGCUUGCUCCCUCCCAUCGCCAUCGCCUCUCCGCCGACACUGACACCAACACCUUAUUCUCCCCAUUCUCUCCUCCGCACCGCCCUAGACCGCAUAUCCGACUACACCGAAGACACCCGUGUCGAGCUCGAAAUCCGCAUCACAGACGAAGCACUCGCCAUUCGCGGUUUCGAGACCCUCCUCACCGUCCCAGGCGCACUUUCCCUCUCAUCAGAUUCGAAUCUGGACCUUGAAGAAAUGCGGGCUUUUGUUGAUGGGCGUGAUGAGGGCGUAAGGAGGGCUAUGGCGAGGCUUGAGGAGAAAUUGGGGGAUGUACAACAUGAUGUAGCAGUUGUUAAGCGGGCUGUGCAUGACUUUCAGGUUCAGCCUGACGAGGAGAGGGAAGUAGAGGAAGGCAAAAGCUGGUCUACAUGGACAUCAAGCCUCCUCCCUCGUUCAUCCACGCCUACACCAAGCCAAACGCCUACAUUUGGUUCUGUGAUGACUUCUCCGCGAUUGAGGCGUCCCCCCUCGGUGAAGCAACUGUUUUCGCUUGCAGAGCUGGAGUUGAGGAUUCCUAUGCCGUUGCCUGCGCCGAUACCUCAAUCUCAAGCUCAUCCUGCGUAUGGAGCCUCUGGACUUGGGGUAGGAUCUGGAGUUGCACCGGGGUUGGGACGUCAACGGACGAUGUCAAUGAUGUAUUCGUUGGGAAUCGGGUCUAGGGCUUCAGUUUCAACUUCAGCGUUGGGGUCGAUGUCGUCGUUGGGGAUACCCGGGAUGUCGCCUGUGAAAAGUGGGGGAGGCAAGAGUAGGUUUGUUACGACCCCGCUCGCUGGUGAGACCCAUCGUGAUCGCGAUGAAAGCGAUGUCGAGUGA